AGCCGGCUCCCUCCUUCGCCACAACCAAGGCACAGACUCGCCACAAAACUCGCCGCGUCACUCCCCAACUCGGCCCAAGAAAACAGACAUGCGACCAUCAAGCUGGAAAGCAUCCCUCUCCGCAAAACUUUACGCUUUCGUCUCGCCAUGGCAAGCAGCACGGAGGACCCCGCUUUCGCAUUCACGACGCACACAUCAGUGGAGGCCUUCUCCGUCUCCCCGCCCGUCUUCCUAGACUGCUACUUCCCACUCCCCGGCUCCAGUGACACCUCACGGCCGCCUGCGCCGGUCUUUCUUGCGACGGGCGCGAUCGUCUUUGACCGGCCACUCCCCAACAACAACUUCCAUCCUGGGUCGGCCGGCGUCGACGUCUCCGCUAGCGCGGGUGCCCUACAUGAAGCUCUGACGCCCAACCCCAACUCUGAUUCCGCAAAGCCACCCCGAGUGCUGCUGAUCCAGCGAGCCGCACAUGACUCCAUGCCGCUCCGAUGGGAGACUCCGGGAGGCGGGUGCGAUGAUGACGACAUUAGCAUUCUGCACUCGUGCGCUCGCGAGCUGUUUGAGGAAGCGGGCCUGCAUGCUACCACCCUGGGGCCUGUGGUACGGGUGGGCUCUGUCUCCAGCUCAGAGGGCAUCCAUGGUGGUGAGUCAACGAAGAAACAGGCGCAUGAAUGGGGCGAGGACAUGGGCGGGCAGUUCUUCCGGACAAGACGAGGGAAGCUGGUCUGCAAGUUUUAUUUCGUCGCGGGGGUGCCCGAGGCGCGGACAGCUGAGGUGGUGGUUGACCCGAAGGAACACGUUGGCUAUGUCUGGGUGACCGAGGAGGAGGUUAGACAGAAGAAAGUGCAGGGGGAGGAGGGUGGGCUGGAUUUGGAGUUUACCACGCAGGCGCAGUGGGAGGUGAUCUUGACAGCGUUCCAUCUCUGGCAUGCUUAGGCACCUAGGCACCUGGUUAUACACAUUCAUAGAGUUUACGAGAGCUGAUAGAUAGACAGCGCCAACGUGCGUGAUAAGCGAGUCAGCCAGACAAGCGAGUCAGCCACUCUAACAAAAUUGAGUACAUGCAUGCGAAAAUGCGAUAAGAAAA